AUGAACUUAUCAUCGAGCAAAUCCGUUAUGAAAGAGGAUGCCUACUUUCGUCUUAGGCGAAAGAAUGCUUACAUCUCUUACAGUUAUGAUAAGCUUCUAGCCAAGUUUGAUGCCUACCAUAAGGCUACUGAACAAUCCAAGUUUGAGGUUGUCAUUGACGAGUACAAGUUGGGCUACUUGAACUGCACGAGUGCAACUGCGCCUUCCUAUGCCAUUAGAGAUGAAGACAUUGAGAUGCCAUGUCCUAACUUGCUCCCUGUUCAAAGUGAGCAGAUCAAUAUUGUAGAUGUGGAAGGAGUUGAAGAGCAGGCAGCCGACGAGGAUGUAAUUGAGGAGGGUGAAGCUGAGGAGGGCGUGACUGAUGAAAUGAUGGUAGAUGCCGCAAAGCAGACAAUUUUGGCUGCUAAAGGCUCAGCUAAUCAUAUGGAUGUCAAACGAGCUUGUUGA